AUGAGGUACUAUAGAAGAGUUGGCAGGGAAGAGGUGGUGAUGGCCAUGAGAACCAAAGGUGGGGAGGAAGCUGUGUUUCUGUCUCUUCACCGCGCUCGUGAAUUGUAUAGAAGUAGACUGCAAGAAAACACAGCCGCAUAUCAACUGGCUGCUUUAUUUGCUGAAUGUGUGAUUGCCAAAGCUCAGCCUUUAAAUGUUGAACCAGCACCAUGUCCUGUUGUUGCUCCAUCACUUACUACUAAUGCUGAUGGAACUUCUAUACUUGCUAAAACUGGUCGAAUGCAAAUUGUGUUGGAUGCAUAUUCAGAUGGAAGCAGCUUUAUUUGUUUAUAG